AGCCGCAGGAGCUGCCUCUGGCUGCUCAUCUCUCUCGGCCACCUCUGGGGCAUGGCCCACGGGAAGUGGGAGACUGUGCUGGGCACCUUGGGCAAGGCAACCAGGCUGAAGAUCCCCCUGGAGCUGCAGAACCUCAGCCUGCAAUUUGGGGUGGCCACCUGGAAGAGGGACACAGCAGACCCCCAGAACAAAGAGGUCCUGCUGCAGUACUCCCACGGGAGCCCAACCAACUACCUGGAGGGCAGGAUGCAGUUCCACAGCAGGGACUUCUCCCUGGAGAUCCUCAACACCAGCAGGCAGGAUGGGCAGCUCUAUGAGUAUGCCACCAGGAAGGGCCAGCAGGAGAGGGUCUGGCAGAUCCUCCUGGAGGUGUAUGAGCCUGUGUCCCCCCCCAGCAUCGAGGUCCUGAGCCGGGCUCUGGCCAACGGCAGCUGCCGCCUGACGCUGAACUGCUCCGCGGAGCGCGGGGACAGCAUCGCCUACAGCUGGGCCGGGACCCCCCCGCGGCUCUGCGCCCGCAACGGCAGCCUCCUGCAGCUCUCCUUCCCGCAGCACGGAGCCGACCCCAGCUGCUCCUGCCGGGCCAGCAACCCUGUCAGCAGCCUGCUCGCCACCUUCCGCCCCUCGGGCUGCAGCCAGCGGCCGCCAGGUCCGGCCCCGCCUGCCCCCUUCGCCUCGUCCUCGUCCUCGUCCUCAUCCUCAUCCUCAUCCUCAUCCUCAUCCUCAUCCUCAUCCUCAUCCUCAUCCUUCCUGCUCCCGCAAUGA